ACGGUUAGUACUUGGUUUUCAAUCGGGUACUAGGGAUGCUUGAGAUAAGAUAAAAAGUUCGCCAGGUCAUAUAAAAGUAUAUUGGGGAAUGACCGACUUGUGACAGCCAUCAUCAUGAAACUUUUCGUAGCUCUUUGUUGUUUUGUUCUUGCACAGGCCCAGAUUCCAACGCCAUGUGAGUCACCAAAGCAAUGGGAAGGCAACAUUCUUCGCGUUGAUAGAGGGACCCCAGUAAAGCCAGAGAAUGAAAGACUUAAAGUUAGUUACGAUGAAAUCAACCAAAGAGUCCGAGAGAUAACUGAGUACUCAUUUACACCUAAACCAGGACAAGAAACGUAUGAAGUUAUUUAUCUACACCAAACAAAAAAAGAGUAUAGAAUCAAUCUUACAACAAGAAAAUGUAAUGUGUCCACCUUAACAAGACCUUUCAUGCCUAAUGGAGUUCCUCCAAAUGCUACCUUCGAAGGAUUUGCAACCGUAGGUGCUGCUGGUAUCCCAGGCCAGAGUCUGAAUGUACAAGACUGGAAAUUUUCAGCAGGACAAGAAACGUUCUAUGGCGUUGUUACAAGUCCUGACUGUGUUCCUGUUCAACAUGCACAUUACAUGCCACCAUCAACUUUCAUCGUGUCAUCGUUCUUUGACAUAAAAGCUGGAAUAAGAGAUGUUAAUGUAUUCACACCACCAACGGAGUGUAAUCAAGAAUAAAUUUGGUAUCCUU